AUGUCAGGCCCCGGAAUCAACGAGGCCGCUGUGCCGUACUCCAGCAUGGCUGGCAAGCUAGACUCAAAACUCCUUCAGGCACUCAAGGUCAUGGAGUUCGAGUUUAUGACCCCCGUGCAACACCGUGUUUUGACCGAACUCCCUACCUGGCGCAGUGAUUGUCUCGUUCAGGCCAAGACAGGAACUGGCAAGACCCUUGCCUUCCUGCUGCCUGCGUUGCACUGCCUUGUCCAAGGCCAGGCAACUCCUCCAAAGGGCAAGGUUGCCAUCUUGAUCAUCACCCCGACGCGAGAACUCGCCCAGCAGAUUGCCAAGUCAUGUGAUCAACUAACAUCGCAACUCGCCACACCUGUCAGGUGUGAUAUCGCCGUUGGUGGAACCAACAGGGCACCUGCAUUUUCUCGUUUUAUGAAGCAGACUCCUUCCGUUCUGGUGGCCACCCCUGGUCGUCUGAAGGAUUACUUGUCCGAUGAGGACUCAGCGGAGAAGCUGUCCAACAUCCAGACUCUGGUUCUGGAUGAAGCUGAUACCAUGCUCGAGAGUGGAUUCAUUCAAGACGUGAAGCAGAUUCUCAGACUUAUUCCCGCUAAGAGUGCUGGUUGGCAGGGAAUGUGUUUCUCGGCUACCGUUCCUCCUAAGGUUAAGGAUGUUGUUAGUGUGGUCUUGAAGCCAGGCUACACCAGCCUGUCCACCAUUGAAAAGAAUGAAGCACCAACUCACGAGAGAGUGCCCCAAUACCACGUCCUGAUGCCGUCCGUGACACAAACAUUCACUACCCUUGCUUCACUUCUCAACCUCGAAAUCAAGACCAGCUCCAAAAUCAUUGUCUUCGGUGUCACAGCCAACAUGGUUGCUCUCUUUGCAUCUGUCUUCUCCCAGGGCUUGACUCCUUUGAAGGUAUUUGAGAUCCACUCCAGACUCAACCAGCGCGCACGCACAAGAACCACAGAAGAAUUCAAGGAAGCCGAAGCCGGAAUCCUCUUCGCCUCAGAUGUCAUUGGCCGCGGUAUGGAUUUCCCCAACGUCGACCUAGUCAUUCAGAUCGGCUUGCCCUCCAACGGCGAGCAAUAUGUUCACAGAGUCGGCCGUACCGCACGUGCCGGAAAUGACGGCCGCGCCAUCAUCCUCCUCACCCAAGGCGAGUCUUUCUUCAUGAACCAAAACCGCCACCUGCCCAUCAAAGCUCACCCCGCUACCGCCGCCAUCAAUGCCGGUGCAGACGCCUGCGUUGAUCCCGUCACCCAGGCUAUGUACAAAAUCGACGAAGAGACCAAGCAACGCGCCUACUCAUCAUUCAUUGGUUUCUUCGCUGGAUCAGGUCUUAUGCGCCAGCUCCGUCUCGACAAGCCCGGUCUCGUCCAACUUGCAAAUGAAAUGGCCAUGAAGGCCAUGGCUUGCCCCGAGCCCCCCGCCAUGGACAAGAAGGUCGUUGGCAAGAUGGGACUGAAGGGCGUUCCCGGCUUCAACUAUGCUAGCGCCAGCGAAUUGGCCGCUAGACGCGGUGGUGGUGGCGGUGGUCAACGCGGCCGUUCCCGCUCGAAGAGCAACACCCGCGAGCCCAAGAUCAAGGGUCGUGAUGCCUUAAGUCCUGGUGCUGGUCAGCGUGACGGCAGAGGUGGUAUUGAGAAGAGACGUGGAGGAGGCGGUGGUGGCGGUAGAGGCCGCGGUGGACGUGGUGGAGGUCGUGGUGGUGGCCGUGGAAAGCCAAGAGGAGAUUAA